AUGACCAGUAUUGAUAUUCCAAUAAAUGAUAUUGAUUAUGAUGCGCUGUUUGUAGGAUUCGACUCAAUUUCCAACAAUACAACAUCGCCAACAACUGAACAUGAUUCAGAUAGUCGAAUAUCGGUUACACCACCAAUGACAACCGAAUUACAUAAUCAUUUCGAUAGGUGGCCAUGGAAUAUGGAUAGUCCACUUUCAGAUGAUCCAAACGCUGAAAAUUAUGAUUUACAUGCAUUAAUUAAUGAUCAAAACCAAUUAAUGCUUGGUGAUUGUUUAACUGACUCAGAUAAUUCAACACUUGAUGAGUUACUUGCUGCAUUUGAAUUACCUGAUCAACAAAAUCCAGAAUCAUUACAACAAUUACCAUCACUGUCACCUUCAUCCAUUCAAAAUCCUUAUCCAUCGCCUCCUCCGUCGUCGCAUAUUGUUUCUACACCACCACCACCACAACAACAAGUAUCAACUCAACGACCAAUGAUUUUACCGAAACCUAUAGGAAUAACAUCAGCAAAUCAAACGAAUUUUCCAAAACAACAACAACAGCAAAUAACCAAUUGUGUUAAACUUCGUUCAUAUUCUGGUGUAACAUCAACUGGAGGAAAAUGCGUUAAAAUUGAACCAGUAAUCAAUACAAUACCGCCGUCUCAACAAGCAAAUAUAACGAUUAUUACAACAUCAAAGCCUAUUACUCUUUCUAAAUUACCUGUGAUCAAAAUGCCAUUAUCGACAAAUGGAACACCAAUUACGUUUGUUAAAACAGAAGCUGAGUCGCAAGUAGCAGCAAAUGUUAAACGUAUGACUACAGUUUAUCCGAACCAUAAUAAUAGUGAUAAUUCAUCAUUGCCAACAGGAACAUUAUUUAAAACAUUAAAUGGUAAUAAUUCAAUGACAUCACCACCAGCUAAACGACGACGCUCAGACAGUUCAACAAAUCAUCAACAAAUACCUGUACAAUCAUCGGAAAUAACAACAUUAACACUCGAGCAGCUUAAAGUUCAAUAUGGAAAUGUUAGCGAAGAAGCAUUGAAGAAACAUCUUCGUAUGAUUAAAAAUCGGGAAUCAGCAUCACUCUCACGAAAACGACGAAAACAGUUAAUGGAAAAUCUUGAAGUGAAAGUAAAAGAACUCAAUGAUGAAAAUGAACGUUUGAAAGGUGAAAAUACAAAGUUAUUAACACGUAUUCAUACAUUAGAAAUGGAGAAUGAACUCUUGAAAACCUAUAAAAUUGGUAAUGGAAUUACACCAUCACGUUCUCGUAAACCAUUGAUACUAAUGGGCAUUGCUCUUUUAGUUGUUUUUAAUAUAUUCACGCUCAAAUCACUUUCACCUAUUUCGAAUGAUCAUACGAGUUCUGUUGCAUUAUAUAAUGGUCUUUCGGGUUUCAAUAGUGAAGGAUCAAUUGUUCGUGGUCGAGCCAUUCUUAAUGCGCGUCAGAAUAAUAAUGAUGAUUCAUAUAUAGCUAAUAGCAUUACUGAUGAUAAUUCAGCUGGAGAUGGCAAUCAUAAUAUAUCACUUACAACCUACCCGUAUUUACAAUGUGUUGCUUAUAUUAAUAAGACACAUUCACAACGAAUCAAUCAAGAACUUCAUUCGUGGGUUCAAGAUCAUUAUCGUAAACAAGAUAAUAUUGAUAACAAUAAAUCGGUUACAAUUGCUGAUUCAAAUUCUAUUAGCAUAUCAACUAAUCCUGAUUUAGCAACUAUAGCAGAUCCUAAUGAACAACAGCAUAUUUCAAGAAAAGUGGCACUUCUUAAUCGGCGAAUAUCAAAAACACAAUCAGCAAAUAAAGGACAACUUCAGCCAUACAAAGGAAAUGAGCCGAAUUAUGAAGAAUUUAUUCAUGCCAUUGAUCGUAAAAACGAUACUCUAUAUUUUGUAUCAUUCAAAAGGGAUCAUCUUAUCCUUCCUGCAACAGUAACAAAUCAAACUCAACGACCGAAAUUGUCUUUAAUUUUACCAGCAUCAGUUACACAUUUAAAUAAAUCAAUUCACGUACCAGCUAAUCAUGUGCCCAUGAUACAAAUCGAUUGUGAAGUUGAAGAUACAAAACUUGUUUUUGUAAAACGUGGUCAUAUUCCAUCAUUCUAUAGGAAUGAUUUAUUUCGAUAUUAUUCAUCAGUUCCACAAACUGCGGUUUAA